UUUCUUGUGGAUCAGAUGGUAGUGCCGAGCAAGUUACUGGGGUUAGUCAUUUUACAAUUUGAGUAUGUCACAGCGAGUUGAAGGGCUUCGGCAAACAUAAGAAGGGUAAUCAAGAAGAUACGAAGGCGAUCUCGGCGUUAAGGCAUAAAGCUUCAAACGUUCAAACCUUCUGAACGUACACCGAAACAAGCGCAAUGAGUUUAAACGAACACUCGCUUCAAGCUUUGUCAUGGAGAAAACUUUACUUGAGUCGAGCUAAACUUAAAGCGACCAGCAGAACCUCUGCUCUGCUCUCCGGCUUUGCCAUGGUGGCGAUGGUGGAGGUCCAGCUGGAGGACGAUCACGAAUACCCUCCCGGUCUAUUGAUCGCUUUCAGCGCCUGCACAACGGUGCUGGUGGCCGUCCAUCUCUUUGCCUUGAUGAUCAGCACGUGCAUCCUGCCCAACCUGGAGGCCGUGAGCAACGUCCACAACCUCAACUCCAUAAAGGAGUCUCCGCACGAGCGGAUGCACCGCCACAUCGAGCUGGCCUGGGCCUUCUCCACCGUCAUAGGCACCCUCCUCUUCCUCGCAGAGGUGGUUCUUCUCUGCUGGGUGAAGUUCCUGCCUCUGAAGAACAGAGGUAAAGAUUCUGGCCCGUCGGAGAACGCGACCGAAUCUUCAGGGAUAAGCCCGGGCGAAGCUGCAGCCAUCGCCUCCACCUCCAUCAUGGUGCCCUUCGGCUUGGUGUUUAUCGUUUUCGCCGUGCAUUUCUACCGUUCUCUGGUCAGCCACAAAACGGAGCGGCAGCACCAGGAGCUGGAGGUCCUGGCCAAAAUCACACAGAUGCAAAACCAACUGGAUCACAGGGGAGACGCGUCCUCAGCACAUUUCGCCUAGUUGAUGCAAAACACGGACCGUUGUCUUUAACAGACAACGGAUGACGGGAAUCAGGGAUUCUGAGAUAUAGCAAUAGAAUCACCGUAUCGUGAUGCCUGUGAUGUUUUUUCUCGGUUCGUUUGUUUUUGUAUACAUGCAAACAUUUAUAAAGAUGGGAAAUCUUUGCCGUUACGCUCUUUCAACCGGCUUUUCGAAUCUUCUGUUUUUGCACAAAUCGGAGAAAAAAAAAUAGGUGUUUUUUUUUUAUUACGGUUUUGUAAAUUUGGCACGUAUUAAAAUAGCCUGUUCUUCGCUGUUGGGAGUUUCUCGAAUAAGAAAAAACAUCGGACGAGACUCGAUUUUGUCAAACGGGACAUCGUCGGAUAGUUUAAGAGCGGAGGGAAGAUAUUUCGAUGGCGCAUGAUUUUUAGAAAACGAAAAAAUAUAUUUUGUUAUAAAUAGUGUAAUAUAAUAUAUUCCAUUACAAAUAAGGAUUGUCGCUGAAGUUAAUAAAUUCAAGGAUAAAAUAACAUUAAAGCAUAACAUUACUAUGAAAAUAAAAAUACACGGUUUUGAAUCCCUCAUUACUCGUCUUGCUCAAUUUCAACGUUUUUUUCAGUGGUUUGGAUGCUUCCGGCUUGGAAAAUGUAUAUAGCUGCACGAUUAAAAAGCGAAAUAAUACAGACUUAGGUGUUUUUUUAACAUGUUAUUGACUGGUCGAUUGAAUAGGGACACCAGCAUGUUUGCCAGAGCUGCUUGUCGUUGUUCCAGUUCAGUAUUUCCAUACACUGUUAGGCCAAAUCAUUAAACCCCAAACGCUUAGAAAGUUUCCCAGUGUUUAUGACAACCCAUCCGUUUUCCUUUUUGUUCAGUUUAACUGCAUCACGUCCGUACUUUUUCUACAGUGUGGACUUUUACCUCGUGAGCGACAGUGUCAUAACGGCGUGCAUGAAACAUGUACGUUCGGAAUAACAUUUUCUUAAAACCCGCUUCUUGAGAAUUGCUGGAAUUUUUUUUUUAUUUUAUGAUAUUCUGUGAUUCAGUCAAACGGUAUGUUGCGGGUCGCUUCGUUUCAAUCCUUGAUGUGCUCAGGCCGUGUGAAAACAUGUCGGCAUCGCCGUCGUUUAAGCCAUUAAGACCAGAAACCAUCCUUUUCUGGAAGCUUUAUCUUGCUUCGAGGUUACAAGCAGCUCAGAUGUAUAUAUAAAUAUUGUAUAUUUUCUUUUUCUCUGUUUGUUCAGCAUGCCUUUGGUUGUGUGAACACAACAUGUGGACUUUUAAAAUAGAUAUUUCAAAACGCCUUUGCCGUGAAGAGGCUAUUAUACUCUUAUAAUGUGUUUACAGAUGUAGUCUUGUAUUUUGAGGAGGAUUUUGAGCAUUUUUAUUUGGAAGAUAUUUUUUCAAAUUCGUCAGGCCACUUUUAUCUUCUGCCAUCACAACAGACGCUGAUCGACAUGUUUCGAGUACUUCUUUGAAAGUCCUUGACUCACAAUUUCUAGAUACAUUUUAUGUUUUGCUGUUUGAAUUGUAUUCAUAUUUUAUAUACAGAUUACCUUUACCCUAUUUUUGUAAACCUAUUAAUAUCCCCGCUUAAUGAGGGUGAAAUGAAACCUUAUUUUCGUAUUUCUUGAUUUUUAGAUGAUACUAGAGUUGUGAGAUGUUUUAUUUUAAGGCACUUUUAUGUCAAAUAGAAAAUGUGCGUUCGCCAAAUAAAAAUGUCUAAGCGGAAAAA